UAUGGCUCUGGGCUGGUUGACAGGUGUCACGUGAUCAGUGACGCCGUAAUCUGAGUCGUAACUUCCUUGUUUUUGUCGGAACCAUUAAACUGAAACCAUUUCAGUAAUAUACGGACAAAUAAACAGGAGACGAAAUGCAUUUUACCAGAUCCGUCAUUUCCAGGCGGAGACGGCAAGGCGGUACAGCCUAGGAGCUCUCCCUUAUUCCGGAUCCUUCCAUCUGUCUCUCUCUUUAUGUGUGAAUCAUGAUGCUGUGCUGGGGAAGCAGUGCCUCGGGUCAGCUGGGCAUCGGUGCGUCAGAGGCGUCUGUCUUUGAGCCCAGGAGCUGUUGCAUGUUCGAUGGGAGGGGUCUUAAAGAAGUGGCAUGUGGAAGCCAGCACUCGCUCUUCCUGUUGCAUGAUGGGAGCGUAUACACCUGUGGCUCCAACAGCAGCGGUCAGCUGGGCCAUGACAAGCGAGGAUGCAGGCCAGAGCUGGUUGGAGCUCUGGAUGCUCAGAAGAUAGCCGGCGUGUCGUGUGGUCAGGCUCACUCUCUGGCGGUGAAUGAGCAGGGGCAGGUGUUUGCCUGGGGUGCUGGAGAAGGAGGGCAGCUCGGUCUGGGUACGGCUGAAGAGGCGGUUCGUGUGCCCAGGUUGAUUAAAAAGUUGUGCGAACAUCGAAUCUCACAAGUAAUGUGUGGCAACCAACACUGUAUAGCACUUUCAAAAGAUGGUCAGUUGUUCGUAUGGGGAGAGAACUCCAGUGGUCAGCUGGGUUUAGGGAAGGGAGAGCCGAGCACUCUGUCUCCUCAACCGCUCAAAUCUCUGUGUGGGAUCCCGCUGGCUCAAAUCAGCGCUGGAGGAGACCACAGCUUCGCCUUGUCCCUCUCUGGAGCUGUGUUCGGCUGGGGGAAGAACUGCGCUGGACAACUAGGCCUCAAUGACGAGCAAGACCGGGCUGUUCCCUGCCACAUCAAGUUCCUGCGGUCACAGAAGGUGGUGUACAUCAGCUGUGGAGAGGAACACACCGCUGCCUUGACAAAGGAAGGGGGUCUGUUCACAUUUGGAAACGGUUCAAGAGGACAGCUGGGCCACGAUUCCACCAACAACGAGCCUCUUCCACGCAGAGUUAUGGAGCUCAUGGGCACUGAGGUGUCUCAGAUCGCUUGUGGGCGGCACCACACCCUGGCGUUCGUGCCCUCAACGGGCCUGGUUUAUGCUUUCGGCUGCAACACUCAGGGCCAGCUGGGCACAGGCCUCAGAGGAAAUGCAAAGAGCCCACUUCCUGUCAGAAACAUCCAACCCCUGUGCAUUGGAAAUACAUACACAAAAGCCGAGCGCUACACCGUCAGUAAAAUUCACAGUGGAGGUGAUCACAAUUUCCUGUUGUUGUCUGCCAAGGAGGGUUUAUCUUGUCCUGAGGAUUUCCGCAUCAUAAAUAGCACCAAAAGCAUUGCUCUGAUUAAUUCUGAGAGUCUGGACAGCUGGAGGAUGAAGCUCCAUGACAACAGCGAUUCAAGCAUCACCAAUGACAUCAUACUCCUGUUGUCCUCAACUGCAUGUUGGAAUGCCAGCUUUUUGGACCAAAGUGAUGACGGACAUUUCAAGACAAACCCCAAAGUCCCAGGGAUCGAUUUCAAUGCCGUUAGGCUGCUUUUUGAGACGCUGAUGAAACCAGCCUUCGCAAGACUUUUGGAGCAGGCCACAAAGAGCUUUGAGAGUCUCCUAAUCCCCCAACUGCCCUGCUCUCCUCCUGACGUGGAAGCCAUGCGGAUCUACUUGAUCCUGUCCGAAUGUCCCGCUCUCCAGGACUCCAAAAACUACAUCUCUCUCACCAUCCCUCUAGCCAUGGCCAUCCUCAGAUUGGACGCCAACCCUAGCAAAGUGCUCGAUAACUGGUGGUCUCUGAUGGAUUGCGAGGUUUUCUCCAGACUAGUGGAGAUGUACAAAAGCAUCGUUGUGUUUCUGUUGACUGGCGGGAAGGCGCUUCUGGUGCCUGUGUUUCUGGAGAGCUACACCAGUGCCGCCCUUCGACUGCUGGAGAAACUUCACAAGGUCAAUCUGAAAGCCCAUCAUGUGGAAUACAACCACUUCUACAUCCCUGAUAUCGCCACCCUGGUGGACAUCCAGGAAGACUACCUCAAAUGGUUUCUGCGCAAAGCUGAUAUUAAAAUGCGAUACCCUCCAGUGCAGGGUUCUGUCACGUUAUGUGCCUAUCCGUUCAUAUUGAACGCGCAAGCCAAGACAACCGUGCUGCAAACAGAUGCUGAGCUGCAAAUGCAGAUGGCCGUGAGCGGCGCUAACUUGCACAACGUCUUCAUGCUGUUGACAAUGGAACCUUUGCUGGCAAGAAACCCUUUCCUUGUGCUUCACGUACGAAGGAACCACUUAGUCAGCGACGCUCUCCGGGAGCUCACAGUCUACAAUGACGUAGACUUGAAGAAGCCGCUCAAGGUCAUCUUUGAUGGAGAGGAAGCUGUGGAUGCUGGAGGAGUCACCAAGGAGUUCUUCCUGCUCCUGCUAAAAGAGCUGAUGGAUCCGAUCUAUGGCAUGUUCACGCAGUAUUCAGACUCCAAUCUGCUGUGGUUCUCUGAUAAAUGUUUUGUGGAACACAACUGGUUCCACUUGAUUGGGAUCAUUUGUGGUUUGGCCAUCUAUAACUCUACUGUGGUGGACCUGCACUUUCCCCUGGUGCUCUACAAGAAGCUUCUAGACGUUUCGCCCACUCUGGAUGACCUCAAAGAGCUUUCGCCUACAGAGGGAAGGAGUCUUCAGCAGCUGCUGGACUAUGAGGGUGAUGUGGAGGAGACCUUCUGUCUGAACUUUGCAAUUACGAGAGAGUAUUAUGGGAUCACAGAAGUUAAGGAGCUGGUACAGGGCGGGAAGAACAUCGCUGUGGACAAGACAAACAGGAAGGAGUUUGUUCAGGCGUAUCUGCAGUAUGUAUUCAGUGACGCCGUACAGGAGCUGUAUUCGGCCUUCUCCAGCGGUUUCCUGAAGGUCUGUGGUGGGGAGAUUCUCUCUCUCUUCCAGCCCUCUGAGCUUAUGGCCAUGGUGGUGGGCAACAACAACUACAACUGGGAGGAGAUGGAGAAGAAUGCCUCCUACAAGGGCGAGUUCUCUGCAUCCCACCCAACAGUUAAGAUGUUUUGGGAGGUGUUUCAUGAGUUUCCCUUAGAGAAAAAAAAGCAGUUCUUAUUGUUCUUGACCGGCAGUGACCGCAUCCCCAUCCACGGCAUGGCCAGUCUACGCAUCGUCAUCCAGUCCACUGCUGCGGAAGAGCACUACCUUCCUGUGGCUCACACCUGCUAUAACAUGCUGGACAUGCCCUGCUACCAGACCAAAGAGACCCUGCGGCACCGGCUCACACAAGCCGUGGAGCAGUACGAAGGAUUCAGUCUGGUCUGAGCAGGAACUACGGAGGUGGCUGUCUGUAUGCUGGCACUGCACUUUAAACCUGUGGAGAAAUGGAAACGAACGCUGCUCUCGCAUUUAUUUUACCACAGAAGAGCACGUCCAGAAUCUCAUGCGAGUAAAUCUAUAAUUUUCCUAUUUUUACAGACUUGACUCUUGACUUGCUUAUUUGGUUGCAUCUUGAGACGUGCACUUUUGUUUUGUUUUUUUCUAAAAUUUAUAUUUUUUAAAUGACAAAAAUAAAUUAUAAGAUUGGGAUUAGUUGAGUAGUUGGCAAAAUAAAUUAAAGACUUGACUUUCUUUAUAUUUUUUUUCUGAAUAUAAUUGUUUUUGAAUCAGAUUUCAAAACCGAUAGGUUGCUCUUGUCUAGACCAUGUUAUUUUGCCGUUUUGACUUUAAGGAAGGAAACAAAUUUGGAACAAAUUUACUAGUCUAAGCAUAUGAAAUGCCCACCAAAAGAUCUAUAUAUAACAGAUCCAUCACAACCCUCUAAAUUGGGGGCCCGUCCGGGUUCAAGAUGGUAGCGAUAACACAGCCCCAUCAGCACAGUACACCAUUACAGGCCCAAUACAUUAAAAGAUUUUAACUCGAGUAACCCCUUUUGUUUCUGAGCUUUACCCUUUCAGCUCGUGCUCAAAUCGGAAGUUAAGCAUUUUCGCACCUCCUGAAUCCAUUCCAACGGUUUUCCUUUUAUGUACAGUAGAAAGUAAUCAGUAUAAAAGUGUCUCUUAUUAAAGAUAGGCAUGCAUGAGCAUGUCAUGCCCAGCUGCUUUUCGGAAAUAUUUAAAUGAACUAAAUCAGAUUUCUCUUAGAAUGCUAUGGGGUUCAAUUGAGGAUGUGAUCCAGCAAUAACUACUGGUUGAUGUAUGACGUGUACUAGUUAUGGGAUUUUAAUUACGUUUUAAUCCAGCAAAUGUGAAUAUUCUAACAGCUGUGUUCUUCCAGUCAGUCCAUUGCCGCUUUCAGUUUAAUCCUUCUUGUUUCACAGGAAGGUCAUAUGCUGUAAAAUUUCGUUUUCUACUCACAUUUUCUUUCUGAUGUUGGGUUGCAAUUAAAAAUGGACCAGAGUUCCUCGGUGGUUUCUUGAGAUGGGGGAUGAUAAGGGACUGUUGAGACCACGGUGAUGUUUUGCAUCUAGCUGCAUGAGAUGUAUUUGUUUGUAUAUGAUGGAAGGCCAUAUAAAGAAGUGUUUCUAUCCAACCUAUUCCUUUCUGUCAAUGUAUGCAAACAAGGGCUUCUUAGUGGCUACUGAUGCAUUGUUAUUUUAGUAAAGUAUAUUUACUUUUAUAGCUUUCAAAUGGAAUAUAUUGUUUUAUCUAUUUUUUUCCAAAACAAUAAAAUUAUUUCACCUCAA